AUGUCCUCUUUUAACUCAUUUACAAACUCCUUUAGCAAGACAUUGUCUGAGCUCUCCUCCACUGUAUCCCAAAAGACACAGGAACUAUCAACUAAUCUUCCAAACCUGGCCCAAUCCACACAACGUAUGGUCCAAGAAAGGCUUGGUCAAGUUACCGAUAUUUCUCAAUUACCAGAAGAAUAUUUGGAGUUAGAAAUGAAAUUAGACUCCAUUAAACAAAUCUAUGACAAUUUCUUGGCAGUCUCCUCUGUCUAUGAACAACAAUCCUAUGAUUAUCCAUACGUGGCCAAAGAAUCAUUAAUUGAAUUUUCUAAGACUGCUGCUUCCAAAGUGGAGGAACUUUCACAUGCAAGCUCUGCUCAUGAAGCACAAAAUAUUUUGACCACUUCUUCAACUCAAAUCAAGGAACCAAAGACUUUGAAUUUUGCCUUAAGUAAGGUCGCAUUGAAAUCGAGCGAACAUUUGAAUCAAUUUAAUGACAAUGAAGCAUUUAAAAGUAGUGCCUCCGCUCUUCUAAACUUUAGUAAUAUUCAAGCAAAGAUUGCUCAGGCAAGAUUGCAACAAGAUCUUUUGAUUAAACAAAAAUUCAACGAUGCAUUGAGACAUGAUCUCGCUACCAAUAUUGCUAAGGCUACUAAGGUAAGAAAGGAAGUCCAAUCUAAGAGGUUACAAUAUGAUAUUGCCAGAACUAACCUAAUGAAUGCUAAACCUGAAAAAGAAGCUUCCUUGAGGGUACAAAUGGAAACACUAGAAGACGACUUUGCCCAAGCCACUGAACAUGCUACCAUUGUUAUGCAAGAUGUUAUUGAUAACUCAGAUAUUGUCUCUAGGGUGAAUGAAUUGGCGCGUGCUCAAUUAGCUUAUUUCGAAUUAUCCUCUAGUUUAAUGAAGGAAUUUACUGAAGGCUCAACAUCCGCUUCAAUUCCUGCACCUCCAACUACGACAGAAACUAGUGAACCAAUUGAACUUGAUGACGAUGAAGAUUUAUGA